CAAUCGGGGGCCUCGGUGGGCGGGGCGGCCGAGCCCGUUAGAUUUGGCGGUCCGACUUCAACAUGGCCACAGCGCGCGGCGUCCACGCAGACGGCGGUUGUGAGGAAAAGGGGCCUGAGGGGUCGUGUCCGGAGUCUGGGCCCCACAGCGCCACCAUUCCGAGAGUGAAGCUCCUCGACACUCUGGUGGAUACUUUUCUCCAGAAGCUCGUCGCCGCCGGGAGCUACCAGAGAUUCACCGACUGUUACAAGCGCCUCUACCAGCUGCAGCCUGAGAUGACACAGAGAAUCUAUGACAAGUUCAUCACUCAGUUGCAGACGUCUGUCCAGGAGGAAAUCUCAGAAAUCAAAGCAGAAGGGAACCUGGAAGCAGUGUUGAACACCUUGGACAGGAUCGUGGAAGAAGGCAAAGACCACACGGAGCUGGCCUGGCGCCCUAGCGGGAUCCCGGAAGAAGACGUGCGCAGUGCCAUGGUGCCCUACUUCCUGCAGCAGCGGGACGCCUUACAGCGCCGUGUGCACAGGCAGGAGGCCGAAAACAGACAACUGGCAGAGGCUGUCCUGGCUGGGCGCCGGCAGGUGGAGGAGCUGCAGCAGCAAGGUCAGGCCCAGCAGCAGGCCUGGCAGGUGGGUGCCCUGGCAGGUGUUUUCCUGCUGCGGGCUGGCUCCUCCUGUCAGGGCCCUGCGCAGAGAACAGAAGGAGCUGGUGGGUGUGCUGGGGGAGCCUGAGUGAGGAGACGGUGGCCGGAUCAGGAGCAGAUGGUGGUCAAGGGCCUGGGGGAGCUGCCUCUCAGAACCACCGAGACAGUGCCCAGUCCUGAGUGGGGAUGUAACUAGCUGGAGGAUGAGGCCUGAUCAUCUCUCCUGACUUUGGGGCUCCCUUGGGGUCACACGCAUACAGACAUGACCUUCAGAUCCUUGUUUUCUUAUCCUUUUGAGGAUGGUUGGCCAUCUCCCAUGCUGGGAACCAGGCAGCAGGCUUUCCAUCAUCUAGGCCAGGGCCCCGCCCUUGCCCACUCCAGAGCGCCCCGGUGCCUGGCUCAGGGAGUCUGUGUCUGGUCUGCACUGAUUGCCCCCUUGCUGGCCAGCCUGAGGGCCCUUGCCAUGUUCUCCCCACAUCCGUAAAUAAACUUCCUCCACUGUAA